CGCGGUGCAUGCUGGGUGAUAUUGAGGCAGGGUAGCAGCAGCACCGGCUGACUCAACCUUCAGUUUCUGCUUCACUUUCAGCCGUCCUGCACUCCUCAGGUGGCCCAAAUCUGACACCUUAUGGACGGCACCGGCUUUACCUGAGUCAUGGACAUCAGCGGAGGACAUCUCACGGUGUAGCCAGGAGGAUUCGUUGACUGCCAGAGAAUCAUGGAGCCCGAUGUGAUCCGCUUGUACAGCUCCUCCCCGCCCCCGAUGGAGGACGGCGCCGAGGAGGAGGACGAGUUUGGAGACUUCGACACCUUCUCCAACGUCCCUCACAGCAUCAGCUUCACAGAAUUCGAAACCCCGGCCACUUUUAACCAGAAUGAAGCUUUUAGCGCCACUUCCCCUCCUGAGCUCCUGAACAGCAGGGGGGUGACGGCGUUCAGCCACAGCUCCUCUAACGGCACCCUCAACAACAACGAGCUGUCCAAGGCUAAUGGCGUUGUGCCGGGGAGCCACCUGGGCCCCUCAGAAAGAACUGAGAUUAAAAAGGUCCUCUCGGGCUCUGUGGAUUUCUCCGUGAGCGACACAGCUGGCAGCGAGCCGGCUGGUUGUAACGGCGGAGGCUCUGAAGUGCUAACAAACGGGUUUGCAACCUUCGAUGUGCAGGGAAGCCCCUCCUCGCAGGAUUCUGUACACUCUUGUAAAAAAGCAACGUCAACUGAGGACACGGGCAGCAUCCCAGCCGAGGAUGAUUUUGCAGACUUUGCCGCUUUUUCCAAUGCAGAAGGACACCUCAGCCAGACGGCAAACGAGGACUCGGACAAUCCCCCGGGAGGCAGCUUGUUGGCGGAGGCUGCCUGCCACGAGGAGCACUGUAAUAUAGAGCAGGAAAACACAUCAGAGGACAAUGACAGGGACACAAACAGAACUGGACCAGACACAUGUGACUCUGACUCUGGUCCCGCUGAGGCCCCGGACGGCUCGUGCAACACGGACCGGGGCCCCCACUCUGACUCUGACUCUGAACAAAGAGAAGUAGCUUUUGCACAGGAGGCCUCGGAGGCAGUUUGCACUAACAGACCCCUCACCCUGAACGGGGUGGAUGUAGCCGACGGGGACGACUCCAGAGACGGAGGCAGUGACGACGACCUCUCGCCGGACGCUGAGGAGGGACAGUCUGACGGGAAGGGCUCCGGGAACGAGACGGAGACAGAAACGGAGACAUCGUUGGGUCGGCCGCUCUCCACAGAAGCUCUGGAGGAGUUUGGGGACAUUAGCACCACCGGCUCGGUGCCCUCUCCGCCCCUCCAAGGGGAGACCGCCGCCGCCACGCCCGCCGACUACAGUCAGCUGGCGGAGGACGACGAGGACUUCGGGGAUUUUGGAGACGCCGGCUCAUUCAGCGGUCAGGGCUUUGCAGACUUUGAACAGCUGGACGUGCAGCAGGAGCCGAGCCGGACGGAGAGUCCUGCUCCUGCUCAGGAAGCUACAAACACAGAGGAGGUGGAGGACGACUUUGGAGACUUUAACUCACCCAAAUUUCACGCCGGUGGAACCGUGGGGGAAGAGGAUGGAGACAAGUUUGCAGACUUCCCCGUCAGCGACAGUUUUGGUAACUUCAGCUCGGCUGCAGAAGCCGCAGACGGGGAGGCGGACGCAGGGUGGAGCGCCUUCGGGGAUCAGCAGCAGCAGCAGGCGGAGGAGGAGGAGUCCUGGGCGGCGUUCAGCGAGGAGCCGAGCAUCGCACCUCCUGCAGAGAGCAGAACGGAGGAGGAGGAGAGGGAAGAGGAGGAGUGGCAUGAAAGUGAAGUUCCUGCAGUCAGCGAGGAAACCAGCAGGACAGACAGACAGGCGCUGUGCGUCCGGCUGGAGAAGCUGUUUCAGGGCAGCUUCCCUCAGACGGCCGCCCCCCCGGUGGAGGACCAGGUGACGUCUCUGAAGAACCUUCUGGAACCGGAGGAGAACCAUCAGCCAGGAGGCGAGGAGAAGGAGAAGAGAUCGCCCUGCAGCAGUUCAGUUCAUGGCGGCGUGUGGUCGCAGCUUCAGGACAUCCACGAGUCGUUCGGCCUCAGAUACCAGUGGGGGGGCUCCUACUGCAACAAAGCACUACUCUGCUGCCUGGGCAUCGACACCCGCAAUAUUCUGUUCACGGGACAGAAGAAGCAGCCGGUCAUCGUGCCCAUGUACGCCGCCAGCCUGGGGAUGCUGGAACCCACCAAAGAGCCCGUGAAGCCCGUCUCUGCAGCGGAGAUGAUCACCUCGAUAGCCCAGACCCCUCCUCCGGCUCCAGAGACAAAAACCUCGUGUCCCGCAGACUCAGCCCCGCAGGAGGCGCUCCCCCCCGUCCAGUUUGACUGGAGCAGCAGUGGCCUUACCAACCCUCUGGAUGCCAGCGGAGGCUCUUCUCUGUUAAAUCUGGAUUUCUUUGGUCCUGUGGAGGAUUCAGGCUCCAGCAGCUCUCCCUCCAUCCCAGGAGUGGACCCGGAGCUGUACGAGCUGACGACGGCGAAGCUGGACUCGAGCGGCUCGGGGAGUCGAGUCGCCGACGCCUUCGCCCGCCUGAUGUCCACCAUGGAGAAGACCAGCACCUCCACCAGGAAGCCGAGGAAGGAGGAGAAUCUGAGCGACGAGGCGUCCAAAGUGAUCUCCCUUCUGCCCGACCUCUCCUUCAUGCAGGCCAAAGUUUUGAUGUUUCCCGCCACGCUGACGCCGCUCGGCUGCCAGGCAACCACAGACUAAAGCCCCGCCCCCUCAACUGACAUCAUCAACCGACACCUAAGCCCCGCCCACUGCCUCGGCCCAUUUUAACCAGUUCUCAUUUUCUUCUUCUUCUUUUGCCGCGGCUCAGUUCCUCCCUUUCAUACUUUUUUAUUUUAUUAAGUUGCGCUUUUCUUUUCUGAUCACAGGAAACGGGGGGGGAGCGCUCAGACGACGACCUGCACAGAAUAGGAGAUUAAUUAAUUUAUAGAGUUGCUAAUUUAUAGAGGAAGGCGUAGAAGUGUUCUAGAAGAAUCAUCAUGUAUAUAAUCAGGGAUUAAAUGUUUAAUUUCCUUUCUUUUUUUUUUUAUUCUGAAUGAUUUCUGGAUGAUUUUACGUCUGAGUGUCUGUGAAGGAAACACUGGCUGAAUCAAAGUGAAGUGGUAUAUAUGUUUAAAUUAAUACAUUUAUAAACGUAUAUAUAAAAUCUAUAUAUAUAUAUUUAUCGACUUGAAACCACACUGCCUGCAGAAUCCAGCUGAUCGUCUUGUGUUUAAAGGCCUUAGUUUUUACCCGUAGAUUUUAACGUUUCUUUAACCCGCUCCGUGUCUUUCUUUCUGUUUGUAAUUGAACAGCUUUUUAACGUAAAUUAUGUCGCACCCCAUUUACUUUUUCUACAGUCUAUCCGCCGUUUCUAGAACUGAAGGACGACUGUUUAUAUUUACUUUGGGAACCGACUAAACGCUGGUGUGUCUUUUCAUUUUUAUUCCACGUUUAAUUUUUCUACACAUUCCAGCUUUUGGAUAUAAAACAAGUUUCCUUCCUUGUUUGAGUCCUCACUCACUGUUCCUCAUUUGUUAUUGUUUUUGGGGGGGUGUUAAAACAGGACUUUUUUUUUUGGGUUAAAACCACUUUAACUUAAGGUUUCUCGUCAGUGAAGGUCGACUCGAAUCAGAAGGGAAUUAAGGGACCAAUGUCUGCUUCCUCGUGUCGGGUUUUGUUCUCUGUUCCUAAUAUGAAGUGCUUUUUGUUGUUGCCGCUCAUGUUUUGUUGUUUUGCUCAUACUACUGUCAGCCCCGUCUCCCAGGAGGAUUUUGCACAUUGUAAAGAUGAAAUGGAUGUAAUCAUAGUUCACUGUGGCUUUAGACUGUGUACAGUUAAACUAUGGACUGUCAAAUGUUACGGGAAAAUUCCUAUGGAAAAAGACUGAAUCACUUGAAGAGCCUGUCAAACGGUUUUCGUGCAUGCCCGGGUUCUUUUGAGACUAUAAGUGUGUAAAUUUUACUUUUAGUGUACACAAGAAAUUAAAAUAGUUAUCUUCUCC